GAGGGACAAAAGAAGCACUUCAAAAUGUGCCUGCCAGUGCGCCCGCCGGCUGAGUCAAUGCAGGGCUACCAUCAAAAUACCACACCACAAACUCGACCCUAAGUGCUUACUUUCGCUGUUGGUGACGGUGAUGUGUAAAAGUUGUUGCACAUGCAGAGUCAAGACGGCCCCAAUGGUUUACGUAAAUGUCCACAUCCAGUUCGCUUGCCAGUGAGCUGCUCCGAGGUCAAAGUGUCGGCGACCUUUUGUGCACUACUUUCAACUGAACGGAGAUAUGGUUGAUAUGGAACAAGGUCAUGGCGGGCUCAAAGUGACGGCGGAAAUGGAGGUUAUCCUCAGUCAACAAGGCUAUAUUAGCAUUAAAAUGGGUAGCGAGAAACUUAGGGCCAUGUUUCAGACACAAUUCGGCGAACUGGAUAUCAAUAAACUUUCACCAUUCGCAUUCGCAUGCAUGACUGGGCAAAUUCAAGACGUCAAAGCUGCAGUCAGCGGAGGGGUUGCGCCGGAUAUAACAGGAGCUGAAACGCCUUUCAAAAUUGGUUUUCUUUCAUUUACCGUUCUCGGCGCACAGCGAAUCAAAGGAGCCACUCCAAAUUCUCUUAAGCAUCUUGACGUUAUCAACUAUCUCCUUCAAUACGGUGCACCCCCGGAUUUGCCGGAUAUAUCCGGUCACACAGCCCUCCACCAUGCAUGUACUCCUCCGCUUGGGCAUUUUGAACUCGCCAGGGCACUUCUCGAAGGCGGAGCUAACCCGAAUGUUCAAAACCGUUAUGGUGAAGUCCCUCUCUUCUUUCCAUUCCAGGGACAAGACAUACAGAUCCUAGAUUUGCUGAUGGAGCACAACGCUGAUCUGGACAUCAAGGACGGAAAUGGUGAUUCUCCCCGUGCUUUGUGUGUUGUGUUUGGUCCCCAAGUCACAGCUGCGGUUCGCCGGUGGGAAAGGAAACGAUCAGGGGAGAAAGCACUAUGGGAAGAGAAGGAAUGCGAGUACUGUAAGAAGAAAGGGAGAGGCUUGAAGCAGUGUGCACGAUGUCACACAGUCCGAUAUUGCUCAUCUGACUGCCAGCGUAUGCAUUGGAAAACCCAUAAACCAUUGUGCCAGCCAUUCUCCACGUCAACCACGGUCACACUGAAGCCAACCUACGGCAGCUUCUCGUCUGCAAUAUCACAUGCUGAUUUCACUCGCGAAGCCCUCGGCCUCUCGAGUUCCAAGUCCAAGCCGCCUAAAAACACUCCUCGUGCCCAGAUGUCCUUUGAUCAGAGGUCCAUGAUCAUCAAGGUGCAAGUGCCUGUUGAUCCGUUCUCUCCGACUGCGACAUCAAUGGGACUGGGCAGUUUGCUCAUAUAUAGCAAAAAGAAAGAUUUCAUGUGUACUGUUGAACGAGCUGGAAAUACGAACGCGUAUGAUGAUAUCGUCCGCGUGGUGAAAUCCAGGGGUGUCGGAGGGGUCAAGGCCUAUUUUGCCGCAGAACUGCGAACUCGCGAUGAGCUGGUUGUCAAGAUUUCUGAAACUUUAGCGGAGCAGCCGUUCUAGGCAGCUUUCAAUAUUCUCUGCUAGCGCAAUUCUCUAUUGUUUGGAACAAUUGUUCUCGUCACGCCACAAAAUGAUCGAUUCUACUUAUUGCAAAGAUAAUCACACUCGUCACCAAAAUAAC